CUUUCACCACUUCCGCGCCGAAAUGAAGGGACGACCGCGGGGGCUUUCACACGAUACGUCAUCCUGGCAAUAUGAGUGGAAGGCCGCAUCCACCGUCAAAAUCGUAGGUCAUGCCGCUUCUUCUUGUCCAAUCCUGUUCCCUUCUCGCAUCAUCGACAUAUCUCGCGAGCACACUUUUCACCAUGCGCGGACUAUCGUCGUUUAUCCUGGCCGCGCUGUCGAGUGUGGGGGUGAGAGGAGCCGUUGCGAGCAGCUGCGUCCUCAACCAUGUCUCGACAUCGCCGCCGACUGGUUCCGCUGAAGUCGCAUUGCAGAGCUACAGCUAUUGCGGAGGCACUCUCAAUGUCACCGCGUACGUCAAUAAUUUGAGCUACAACAAAAUUGUGACGUUGUACUUUACCAAUCGACAAAACGAGAGCACACCAUUGUCCGCUCUGUCUCUCGGCUACGAAUCCUCCGUACCCAACAGCAAAUUCGAGUAUUGGAUCGCGGCUGCUCCGAUCUGGACCGACGGGAUUACACAACUACUCAACAUCACCUACCAGGACACAGACGACGGCCAGACGUACCAUCAGCUUCUUGAUCUCCAUGUCAAGGCUACUGGGGCUCCUCCGCCCACUCUCCCUUCCCCUCCCGCGCCCUAUGCUACCCCGAGCGGUUUCGGGAACGACGUUACGCAGUACCUGGCCGUGGAGAGCGGGUCUGAAGCCGAAAUUGCACAGACUGGACUCUUCCGCAAUGUCAACCCAGCCGUCAAGGGCGCUGUAAAUGGCACGGUCGUUGCGGCUCGAAGCGGUCCAUUUUAUUCGCAAACCGAACCAGACUACGCCUAUAACUGGGUCCGCGAUGCAAGUCUGACCAUGGACGUGGUGCAAAACCUGUACUCGGCAGCCACCAGCAAAACCGCGAAAGCUGCGUACGAGCAGGUCUUGUUCGAGUACGCCGUAGCCAGAGCUACCGAGCAAACGGACCCCAAUCUAAAGACAGGACUUGGAGAGCCCAAGUUCUACCUUAAUAACACAAUUUUCAGCGGGCCCUGGGGAAGGCCCCAGAACGAUGGUCCUGCUACGUCGGCCAUCACGUUGAUGGAAUUUGCCAACGACUACUUGGCCAGCGGUGGGAAUGUGCAAACGGUCAAGGAGAAGAUCUACAACUCGUCUGCCUACCCUCACGUUGCUCCCGUCCAGAAGGACCUUCUCUUCGUUGCCAGGAAUUGGUCCUGGCCAUCGUAUGAUCUCUGGGAGGAGGUCCAAGGCGACCAAUUUUACACUAGGAUGGUCCAGCGACGAGCACUCGUGAACGGUGCUUCGUUUGCCCAGAAAAUGGGCGAUUCGGCAACAUCCUCGACGUUGGCGGCAGCUGAGAAAGCACUGACAGCUACCAUGUCUCAAUUCUGGGAUCCCAAUCGCGAGAUCAUCCUUUACGCCUACAGCCCCGUCAUGGACAAUAAGACGAGCUACCUCGACACCGCGGUCAUUCUCGGGAUCAUCCAUGGCUACGCUGGGGACAACGUUUUCUCCUACACGAAUCCUCAGGUGCUGUCCACGGCCGUGAGAAUCUCCACAAGCUUCAUUGACGUAUAUCCUCUCGCGAACAAGACUCGCUCCAUCUCCGCGGGUCCUCUUGGCAUCCCCGUGGGGCGAUACCCGGAGGAUGUCUACAACGGGACAGGCACGCAGGUGAACGGCGGGAACCCAUGGUAUCUCUGCACGGCGGCGUUCUCACAAUUCAUGUACGCCGCAUCCUCCGAAUACGCCGCGGCCAAGACCAUUUCGGUGACGAAUGUUUCCCUACCAUUCUUCACCUACUUCGCGCCCGAGGCGAAGUUGCAGGUUGGGAAAUCUUAUUCUUCCACCAGUAGCCAGUUCAAGCAGGUCAUCCAGAGUCUGGACGGCUGGGGCGACGCUUUCAUGCGGACCAUCAAGUACUACACGCCGGCGGGUGGAAAUCUGCAUGAGGAAUUCAACCGCAAUACGGGUGCACCGCAAGGGGCUUCGGCGUUGACAUGGUCCUUCGCUUCUGUGCUUACCGCCGCUUUUGCCAGAGCGGAGCUGAGAGGGAACGGGUCGUAUAUCGAGAGUCUUGCGAAUCUGGGCUUCAAGGCCAAUUCCUAGAGUCAGCUUUUCGUAGCGUAGACGCUUAGAGAACAUCUAUACAGCGUGUCGGUCAAAUGCCGCAUCUCUUUU